AUGGAAGGGAAGUCUAAUGAAAUGGACGAGAACGGAAAUUCAUACCUCCAUUUGGUCUUUCAAAAGAACUCGAAAAACAAUGAAGAAGAGAGACAGUCGAUUAUAGGCCAAGUCGUUGAUACGAAUCCAUCGCUCUUUACUAUUAAAAAUAACUCACAGGAAUCCGUUCUUGACUUGAUUGUGAAACAUCACCCAGAACAUAUCCCUUCUGUCAUUCAAUUGUUCCAUUUCGACUCGUCUAUACUACACCUCCUCUCUUCUGCAGAUAACCCAAUGACUUCAUUCCUCGCAUUCUCAAAGGCAACUGCACAACUUCCACAAUAUAAAGUCUUGUGCAUGGGACCUCCUCUCUUUGAUAUACCAAAGGUGAGGUGGUUCUCUUCAGAAGAUCGCCAAGACGCCGAGUUUUAUACGGAAUAUAACAAGAUAGUCUCCCGGUAUACCCCGACAGGAAUUAUGGUGUCCACUCAAGACAUUAAAAACUCGCGAUUUGAAGGGAAGUACCGCAUCAUAUCAUUAGACGGGGGAGGGGUGAAGGCAUUGAUGCAACUGUAUAUCUUACAACGCCUUGAAGAGAAAUUUCCGGGCUUCUUAGCGCGAACGGUGUUGUUUUGUGGAGUGAGCGCGGGGAGCAUCUUGUCGACGCAAUUAGCGCAGGGGUGUGAUGUCCCCACAGCGAUUCAGUUAUUUGAGUUAGUGUGUAAAUACAUCUUCAUAAGAAAGACGUUUGGAGGGGCGUAUGGGUCUUUGUAUACGAACAAGUACAUAUUAAAAUACUUAGAAAUGUUCUAUGGCAAUAAGACGCUCAAUGAACUCCCAAGAAAUGUCUUUUUCAUCUCCGUCUGUGCCAAAGAACCUCGUGUGUCUUCGGUCUUAUUCAAUAACUUUACACCAGAGUGCGGUGACAUUAAAGUGGUGGACGCUUGUAUGAGGUCUUCGUCAGCUCCUAUCUUCUUCGAUUCAUAUGAGGGCUAUUUGGAUGGAGCACUCUUUGAAAACAAUCCGGUGACGUGUGCAUUCCCUAUGUUGUUUGGAAAGACGGGAAAUGUGAAUGUACGUCCACAAGACGUCGUGUGCUUAUCGAUAUCAACUGGAGCACCUAAUGUUCCUUAUAUCUCUCAAGAAGAAUAUGGAAAUGCCGGCUUCUUAAAAUGGGCCCCACGAACCUUGGAUUUAUUCCAAUAUUCUCGAAGAGACAUGAGUAACACGAUUGGGAAGGAACUAUUGGGGGAGAGAUACUUCCGGUUAGAUCCUAAAAUGCCGAAUGGGUUGCGAAUUAAUAGUAUUUCCGAAUGUGAGAAAAUCAUAGACUGUGGGAAGAACAUAGACUUGACAUCUCUUGAAGAAUGGGUGAAGGAGUAUUGGAUGUAA